GGGAAUUUCUCUACGAGGUCAAAAUCAGGUUGCAACGUGUCUGUGUUUAUAUCCAGUCUGCUUUUGUUACCCUGCCCCGCGUAGCGCGUGUUAACCAGGCGAUAGAGGAAUGUCCAGGUGUAAGGUCGCCUCCCUAAUCUUCCAACACACGGUAUCGUCGCGCGCGCACCUCACGCCAGAACUGGUGCUGCGUCUGAUCACACCAGAAUGCCCGCUGUGGACGGCGAGGGGGGAGGAGCUACCCUUCCCUGACCCCUUCUGGGGGUUCUACUGGCCCGGAGGACAGGCUACCGCCAGAUACAUACUGGAUAAUCCUAAAAUCGUCGAAAACAAAACAGUUUUGGACCUAGGAUGUGGCUGUGGAGCUGGAGCCAUUGCAGCAGCAAAAAUGAAAGCGAAGAGUGUAUUGGCCAAUGACAUCGAUCUAUACGCCCUAGAAGCCACCUCCAUCAACGCGUCCCUCAACGGAGUUUCUUUAACAACCAGUGCUGCGAACCUCAUCGGCGACAAGCCUCACUGCGACACACUACUUGUCGGCGACAUGUUCUAUGACACGGAGUUCGCUGAGACGCUGUUUGAUUGGCUCAUAACGCUAAAAGGCACCACGGUCCUAAUAGGCGACCCGGGUCGGCGCGGCCUGACGCGCCGCAGCGGACUGAGGCGACUGGCCACCUACAAGCUGCCGCCAAACAGUUGCUUGGAGAAUCGAGGGUUCGCGGACACCACGCUGUGGCAACUCGAUAUUAAAUGA